AUGCUAGUAUCUCUCUCUCUCCGUCUUGCUCUCUCACUCUAUCUCUCUCUCUCCCUCUCUCUCUGUCUUGCUCUCUCACUCUCUCUCUCUCUGUCUUGCUCUCUCACUCUAUCUCUCUCUCUCUCUGUCUUUCUCUCUCACUCUAUCUCUCUCUCUCUCUCUGUCUUGCUCUCUCACUCUCUCUCUCUCUCUGUCUUGCUCUCUCACUCUAUCUCUCUCUCUCUCUCUGUCUUGCGCUCUCUCUCUCUGUCUUGCUUUCUCUCUCUCUCUGUCUUGCUCUCUCACUCUCUCUGUCUUGCUCUCUCACUCUAUCUCUCUCUCUCUGUCUUGCUCUCUCUCUGUCUUGCUCUCUCUCUCUGUCUUGCUCUCUCUCACUCUCUCUCUCUCUCUGUCUUGCUCUCUCUCAUCUCUCUCUCUCUCUCUCUGUCUUGCUCUCUCACUCUCUCUCUCUGUCUUGCUCUCUCACUCUAUCUCUCUCUCUGUCUUGCUCUCUCUCUCUGUCUUGCUCUCUCUCUCUCUCUCUCUCUCUUGCUCUCUCACUCUAUCUCUCUUUCAUUUUGGUACUGUCAAUUCUACUGCUGUCUGGAGACCUUAUAUCGCUCUCUCACAGACGCGCCGAUUAGUACUUGCUUCUUUCUUAGCGACAAGGGCUACAAACUUUGUUUCCAUUGUUCUAUCUAUCUAUCUAUCUAUCUAUCUAUCUAUCUAUCUAUCUAUCUAUCUAAUUUAAUAUCUCUUGUUCCUAUCUAUCUAUCUAUCUAUCUAUCUAUCUAUCUAUCUAUCUAUCUAUCCAAUUUAAUAUAUGUCCAUCUUAGUCGGUUUCUCUCGCACUCUCUCUCUCUCUCUCUCUCUCUCUCUUUUAGCUUGUUCCUAUUUAUCUGCCGUAACGAUUAUUCAAAUUCAAAAUACGUUUUUUUCCUCACAUUUUUACUAUGCGCUCACUCAAUUUUUUCACUGACGAUUGGUUCAUUCCAUCAGAGAGCAACAACUUAA